AUGCCAACGCAGAGCCAUUCGGGUAGCCAAUUACGCGAUGCGCUAGCGGGCGUCCAUCCAAACGUCCAGGAGCGUUUCUACGGUUGUGGCUCGCCGAUUCCAGCGCUGGUGGAAGGGCCCCGAGGUCGGCUGGCCGGGGUGGAUGCCAGCGAGGAACAGAUGUUUGUUGCCUGGAGUGUCGUUGACUGGCAUGCGCAGUUUGUAUAUGCCAACGUCGAAUCCAGCUAG